AUUUAAACGUAGACCCAGUUCAAGCAUCUCGUCCUCAUUCAUCAUUACGCAUCAUUCCUUAUGGCAAAAUCAUACCUUAUCAAAAAUACAAAAUAGACGACAAAUCAAAAAAUAUCUUUCAAAAGAAUGUUCUAAAAAAUUGAAUAAUUUUUCAACAUUUUGUACGACGUGAGACUUGUUUGUUGGAGUUGUGUGUCAAUAAACGGAUAUUGCUCACUAACUAAAUAUAUGAGUAGACAGCCAGCAGCAGGGAAUAGGAAAUCAGCAGCUCUCAUUUUCUAAUUUGGAGAAAAUUUUGUGUACAAAAUUAUAAUAUUUGAAAAUUCGAAAUAUUGCUGGAUUGGAUAAUCAGAAGAGACAAACGUUUUGACUAAUCAUCAUCGAACCUGAUAAGCAGUGUACAACAAUGGACACUAAACAAGGGCCCUACCCUCCAAAUCAAGGGUUUACAAAUCCGGGAGCAUUUCCUCAAACCGGAUUUGCGGGCGGACAGCCAUCUGGAUACGGGGCCGGAUAUGGAGCCCCACCCCCCGCAGCAGGAUUCGUAUUUCCCGAGUCAUCCCACACUGGAUACAACAUGCCCCCCAAUGAAAGUGGUGGUCCGAAGCCGUACUCCAAUGAAAGUGGAUCCUCCUACGGAGAUGACCUGCAUGGAAUCGACUUUUCGGAGAAAACUAUUCGAAUGGCAUUCAUUCGAAAAGUGUACGGAAUCUUAUCUGUACAACUGCUGUUGACCACUUUACUCAUCGCCCUCUUCGUCCUGCACGACGGGGUGAGGCUGUGGGUGCGACAGAAUUACGCAUUCCCAAUCGUGACCUACGUAAUUGCGAUUGUCCUCCUGUUUGCAUUGGCUUGUUGUGAAAAUCUGCGUCGCAAGUCGCCACACAACAUGAUCCUGUUGGGUCUGUUCACUCUGACUUAUGGAAUCGUGAUUGGGGUCGUUGCAUCACAUUACCAUGCCAAGGAUGUAGUUACAGCCGCCGGAAUCACCGUUGUAGUGUGUGUUGGACUCACCAUUUUCUCCUUCCAAACAAAAUGGGAUUUCACAAUGAUGGGCGGAGCGUUGUUUGUGUGCUGUUUGGUCCUCUUUGUAUUCUCCAUUCUGGCUAUCUUCAUGGGUCCGACGUUCCAAUUGUUCUUGGCUGGUGCUGGUGCUCUGCUCUUCUCGGUCUACCUGGUCUACGAUACUCAGUUGAUGAUUGGAGGAAACCAUAAGAUGAGCAUCAGUCCUGAAGAAUACAUCUUUGCUGCUUUGAAUAUCUACAUGGACAUCAUAAUGAUCUUCUUGUACCUGCUUCGACUCUUCGGAAGUCGAGACUAAAUAAAGUGGGACCCAUCUGCAGUUAUAUGGAUCGACUACUACUAAAGCUUAUAUGUAUACUAUACUAUUAUAUAUUUACGUACGUUGUUACACUAGUUUCGAAUUGGAUCUUCGUUUAGAUUUAUAAAACGCAUGCAACUAAAAAUUGAUGAACUCAGCCAACGUCUCUUCCGGCGACGGUAUGUAAAAUAUUGAACAAAAUUGUGUAUUACGUAUAAAAUUGAUGCUCUGAACAAAAAAUGUCUCACCUUUCUAUUCGAAACUCUAAGAAAUAGGAAGUACGUUUGGUAGUACUUUUACAAAAUUGUAAAGACGGACGCUUCUUAAAUAUUUUAACUUACCCGUCGGUAAGGCAUGUCAAUUUUCUACGAUGACCAUAUAGAAGUGCUGGAUUUAUUUCUAUAUUUUUGAUUGUUCCAUUUUCCUGUUCCCUUAAGUUUUACAUAGUAUAUUUAGCCACGAAUUUAUGCCAAGACUUGCAAACGAUUACAAAUUACAAUAAUUAGGAUGAGGAUUUAUUUGAUGUGAUUUCAUGGAGUUAAUUAGUAAUAAUUGAACUUGUUUAAGAUUGACUCAAAUAUGAAUUGUUCGCUUUAACUGUCAAACAUAAAAACACUGUUUCGUUGUAUACUUCUACAUUAACAGGUAUUAUGUAAAUAUUUGUCGUAUUAGUCGUGGAAGGUGGUAGUUGAAAAUCGUAUAUUUCUCUGUUUGAACAAUUAAAUGACUGUUAACUGUAUAAUUUACCAUAA